UCCAGUAAUGUCAAAAAUGGGCACUGAGCCAAAUUUAUUCGAACCCGUUUCAAAGUUUGUGAAAUCCCAUUUGCAGCUUGCCCAUUUCAUUCGUUUUAUGUUCUUUGUCAUCGGUUUAUCUCUUGGUGUCAUCAUCAGUUUAUAUUUCUUGAACUUCUCUUUCACCAUUCAACCUAGAUUUCUCUUUCCUCUUGCCGCUGCACCAAAAUUGUCUAACCUUAGUACUUCAGACUCGUCGUUUUUGCACAAAGAGAAAAUAUUCAUCGCGCACAAUAUGAGCGAUGAUGAGUUGUUUAAGAGAGCUUUAUCAAUGGAGAGAAUAAUUCAAAACUCUUCUUAUGAGUUUUUUCCCAAAGUUGCCUUCAUGUUCUUGACCAGAGGGCCUCUUCCAUUGUCUCCGUUGUGGGAAAAGUACUUUGAAGGCCAUGAAGGUUUUUACUCCAUUUAUGUUCACUCGCAUCCAUCUUUUGUUGAAGAUUUGCCUGCAAAUUCUGUCUUCUAUGGAAGACGAAUUCCCAGCCAGCCAGUUUAUUGGGGAACUGCAACAAUGACAGAUGCCGAAAGGCGUCUCCUAGCAAAUGCUCUCCUUGACAUCUCCAAUCAAAGAUUUAUUCUACUUUCUGAAUCUUGCAUUCCGUUGUUUAACUUCAAAAUCACUUAUGAUUAUCUCAUUAACUCAAACCUCAGUUUUCUGAACUCAUUUGAUGACCCAAGAAAGCCAGGUCGAGGCCGAUACAACCCCAAAAUGUGGCCACACAUAAACAUCACUAAUUGGCGAAAAGGGUCUCAAUGGUUUGAGGUUCGUCGUGACCUAGCUAUGCGCAUUCUUUCUGAUACCAAAUAUUAUCCAAUUUUUCAAAAUUUUUGUCACCCACCUUGUUACAUGGAUGAACACUAUAUUCCAACAUUAGUGAACAUACUUUACCCUGAAUUGAAUUCGAAUCGAAGUAUUACUUGGGUUGAUUGGUCGAGGGGUGGCCCUCAUCCAGGAAAAUUCGGAUGGAACGACAUUACGGAUGAAUUCUUGAAUCAAAUUAGGUAUGGAUCAGAAUGUAUGUAUAAUGGUAAUUCUACUUCAAUGUGUGUUUUGUUUGCGAGAAAAUUUAUCCCUAAUGCCUUAGAGCCUCUAUUGAGGGUUGGUCCAUUGUUACUUGGUUUUAAUCCUUGAUAUGAGAGAUUUUGUUGCACAUUACACUAAUUAUUAACUAAUUUUAUGUCUUACAUGUUAAUUUUAUUGUAUGUA